GAAGUACACUGUUUCUUCUUCAAAUUAAUAAACAUAGCACUUUUUAGUUUUUACAUUUGAAAUUUGAAACAUUGAUACUUACAACCGUUGAAUUCAAUCUUUGACUAUAUGGUUGAACUUUCUGUUUUCAACAGAAUUUGUAUCUGACAUUCUGAGUGUCAAAUUUACUUAAACGAAAAAAGCCGAGUGUCUCCAAAUUACGACCUUUUUCUGUUCUUCUAAGUGUUGAGCCCUGAACUCCUCAUUCUUGCUACACAGACUUGCCUAACAUUGAAAAUGAUGAUUGAAAAUCCAGAGGCCCUGAAGUUGUGGCUCACAGCUGCCCUAGCCCCAUUGUGUGAUGCAGAUCCUGUAGUCCUUGCCAAGCAUGUGCUUGCCCUGCUAAACAAGGAAAACCCAGAGUCUGAGCUGCGUGGAGCCAUGUGUGAGGAGCUUGAUGUAUUCCUUCAACAAGAGACAAAAGGGUUUGUCGACCAAUUAUUCGUCACCUUGGAAACCAAAUCGUACCUGCACUUAAACCCUGAGCAUCCGUCGGACAAUGUCCGGACUGCCCGUAGGUCCCGGGAUCAUGCAACGAUCGGAUCUAGCAACAGUAGAAACGAUCGCAGUCGAUCACCGUUGAGACGUCCGUCUCCUCGUCCCCCUGUCGUGGCUCCCGGAUUUGAUUUGCCGCCGGUCGGAGCCCCUGCCCAAGCAUUGAUCGUCCCUCCUCCACCCUGGUUCCAACGGGUUCAGUGCGCCCAUUUCAGAGAUCAUAGUAGAUGCCCGAGGGGCAAUCUCUGCCCGUAUGUCACCGCUCCAUACCAGCGGGAUGAGGAUUUAUGGGAAUCAUUGGACAUGCCUGGAAGAGAUCCACCACAAAAUCCUCAGCAGCCCCCCCUGGGCAACUACCAGCCGCCACCGCCAGGCAGCCCGCCAGUUGUUCCUACUCCCGAGACGGAAUUCCCUGAUGAUCAAGUAGAGCACAUGUUCGACCAGAACGCCACCAUUAAGGAAACGGAUGAAGACGAAGAUGAUCUUGCUUCGGAAAUGAUCAACGUCGAGCCAGCCACGCCCACUGAAGAGGAGGGAAACAACAACGGCCAGUCAACUGACGGACUGUCUGGCACUCAGAUCAUCGUGACGGCAUCGACCCCCAUGGUUGAAAACGAAUGUUUUGACCCGACAGAUGAAAAGACAUCCGACGUCAAGGAAAACGGAAUGGAACAAGAAUUUGGCGAAGAGAUGGAACCGCCUCCGCCACCAGCACCGGAGCCAUCAACAACCGAAACGUCGUCAUCAUCACUAGACCAACCGUUGCCGCCGCCAGCACCAAUCGCUGACGAGACUGUGGUCAGCAAAGGAUUCUUCGACGAGUUUGUCCAACUGGAAACGGCCAAGGAAUCUUAGAAGAGAAGAACCCUCAUUAUCUGUAUGGGCCCUCAUGCAUUUCAACUGCUGCUCAUUGAGCAAUAAUUGUUUCUAAAUUCCUCCCCAAUAACCUUUGUGAAAAUUUCAUAGAAGCUUGUCAAAAUAUCUUUUACGUGUUCAAGGCAUUUGUCAAACAUUUGCCCUUAGUCUGGAUGAUGAUCUCAUUCUAAUAGUCCAAGCAGUCGAGUCCAUGUCGU